UGUUCACACUGAGACUUCCCUCCCCCCACUCCGCCCGGCACCCGUUUCUCCGACCGUGUUCCGAGUUCGACUGACGACUUUGGGGCCUGUUGGUUCGCCUCUCUCCUUUUUGAGAAGAGGGCGGGGAAGGAGACUGUCGGGUAGUUGCUGUGUUUUGUUUUAGAUCCGCGCCACGGGGCUUCAGUCUCGGGGAAUUUGCCCAUGGCUUUCUUGAUGAAGAAGAAGAAAUUUAAAUUUCAAACCACUUUUACUCUGGAGGAGCUGACGGCGGUCCCGUUCGUGAAUGGCGUGCUGUUCUGCAAAAUCCGGCUGUUGGAUGGCGGGGAUUUCGCCAGCUUGUCCUCCAGGGAGGAAGUGCAAGAGAACUGUGUCCGAUGGAGGAAAAAGUUUACCUUUGUGUGUAAAAUGAGUGCUAAUCCGGCCACUGGCCUUCUGGAUCCCUGCAUCUGCAGAGUGUCUGUCCGAAAGGAGCUGAAAGGUGGGAAGGCCUAUUCCAAGCUAGGAUUUGCUGACCUGAAUCUCGCUGAAUUUGCUGGCUCUGGUUCCACUGUCCGAUGCUGUUUGUUAGAAGGAUAUGAUACCAAGAACACCCGGCAGGACAACUCCAUCUUAAAGGUCACCAUUGGAAUGUCCUUGCUCUCCGGAGACCCUUGCUUUAAGACGCCCCCUUCCACAGCCAAGUCCAUCAUCAUCCCCAGCCAGGACACAUCUCUGCAGUUGACCUGUAAGGGCGAGGGUACGUGCAGCAGCAGUCUGGCCAGUGGCUCUGCCACCCUCACAGGGUCCCGGCAGACCAAGGCGAGACCCACCAUCCUUGGAUCAGGGGUUCCUGAAGAGCCAGACCAGAACUUGUCAAGCCCAGAGGAAGUGUUCCACUCUGGCCAUUCCCGUAACUCCAGCUACGCCAGCCAGCAGUCCAAGAUCUCUGGCUACAGCACCGAACACUCCCGCUCCUCCAGCCUGUCCGACCUGACUCACCGAAGAAACACGUCUACCAGCAGCAGUGCCUCGGGCGGCCUCAGCAUGACGGUGGAGUGCCCCGAGGGCGAGAGGGAGCACAAACCAGAAAAGCCCCCCCGACCACCCCGACCUCUGCACCUGAGCGAGCGCUCCUUCAGGAGGAAGAAGGAUUCAGUGGAAAGCCACCCUACGUGGGUAGAUGACACGAGAAUCGAUGCAGACGACAUUGUGGAGAAGAUCAUGCAGAGCCAAGACUUUACGGAUGUCAGCAACAACGAGGACAGUAACCUGAGGUUAUUUGUGAGCAGGGACGGGACCACCACCUUGAGUGGUAUUCAGCUGGCAACCAGAGUCUCUUCUGGAGUUUUUGAGCCUGUAGUGAUUGAAAGCCAUUGACCACCAUGAUCUUCUGACCCGAGUCAUUCCAGAAAGGAGGGUCCCUUCUUUUUCCAGGAACCGCUUCUCCACCCAUUUCUCUUCUGUCAACUCUCCUCUGAUUUUUGCACUCCGGACCAGUCCCAAGGCCGGGCUGCCCCAAGCUGGCAUUGGGGCGUCUCCUCAUCUAUCCUCCAUCUGCCACUCUAUCCUUCUGCCCAGAGCUGACCCAUCUCAUCACGUGGGGUUCUUAAGAGUAUUUCCCAGGAUUCUGGCUGCGGUCUGAUUGUACCACUGUGAAUAUUCUCUAAACCACUAAAGAGCGGACGGCCACACAAGAGCCCCAAAGCAGCCCAGCUUUCAGGGGAACCGUGCUUCUGUAGUCCAGAGCACCCCAUAAACAGAUCCUUCCUCAUCAUAGGAAACUAUCAGACUGGUUGCCAGUUGGGAAGGCAAAGGGAAGAGCUAGAGUCUGGUUAGGGAGCUAACUUCUACUGCAGGACUUAGGCCCGCUGCUGGGCAAGCUUGUGGCCUUCGGGAGCAUGACAUUGGGAGGGCAUGCUUCCCCAAAAGCAGCCUACCUCCUCGUCCUGUCCUGCAGUGCUGGUGCUUCUGACUCCUGGGGAGGCAAGGUUCUCCUGCCCCCGUCUUCCUCCCUGUGGCCUGGCCACCCUGGUUCCGGCUGCACCUUGGAGGCAUCUCUGCCCCUGCCACUGACGCUGCUCUGGGGAGAAGAGACAGGCCUCCCAGAGAAACUGGAGACUCCUGCUGCUCUCCUGUGGUUCUGACCUUGACUGCUUUCCCCUGCAGCUCCUUUCUUCCAUUUGUAACCUGGCUCAUCUUUGUGGAGCUCUGGAGCCCUGACUUCGGGGCCCUACAGAUGGACUUGCUAGGUGGCCUUUGCUAGACCUGCCUUCCCCAUCCCUGGCUUGUCCUGACCUGUACCACAUACUUUCAGCUUAUAAGCUAUCCCUUUAGUUUCCUCCUUCCCUUUUGAAUCUGCCUGCCUCUGUUUCUCACAGAGGCUCUCUGCACUUUGCACAUAUUUCCCUAGCAGAGCCUCAGAGGGGUUGGCAGUUGGCCAUCCCUCUCCCCACCCUGCAAUGCGCACACAUCCUUCUGCCAGCCCCCUCCUCCUCCAUUGCCUUGAGCCUUCACUUUCUGAAACCUGUGCUUCUGCCUGCUGGCCAGGUCGGCUAAGCCCCUUCCCCCCUCCCCUCAUCUGUCCAGAGUGGGGAAGGACUACCCAUGGCAGGAGAGCAGACUGCCCAAGUGGUUAACUGCCCCUGGACUUCCUACCUACUUUGACUUUGUUUCAGCCCUGCUGGGUAGGUCUGUGACAGGUGACCUUGUAAGUCCUGGUGUACUCUCUGCUUGGGGCUGGGUCUUAGGCAGUUGAGAUAACAGAAAUUAAGGGAAAAAAAGUUGGAUAGGGAGGGAGGGAGAAGUGUGCACAAGCUCCUGGAGGUAGGAGGUGUUGGAGGAAGGGUGUACAUCUUUUCCUUCAGAAACAGGAGAAAAGGAUUUAUCUCCUUUCAGCAAGGCUGGCCUGGUGGGCCCUAGAGCCUUUGGGAAUAACCAGAGGUAACCCCACUUCCUUGGUGAUCAGGAAGGGUCUGCCUUCCCCAGCCUCAGCAGGGAUGGGCAGGAUGAGAGGGGUGUGUUCCUGGUCGGCCUGGAGCCGGACUCCCUGCAGGAUAGAGCCCCUUCAUCAGUCCAUGCCUCUGGUGUCUAGGGGUCACCUCCUGUCACUGCCAAAGCUCAUCUGUUCUUAGCACUUUUCUCUCCCUAGGCAAAGGCCCAGGCCAGGAGAUACAGAGCCUGUGACCUCCUCACUCAAACCACUGGUUUAACUUUUUUUUUUUUUAAGAAAAAUUUCAAUUGCCAAGUCGUAAUUUUUAAUAAACCCAGCAGGCUGGUGUUUAAUUUUGGGAGGGAUGAGAGAGUUUUGGUUUUGAUUUUUUAAGUUGAUAAUUUUUUUUUUUUUUUUUUUUUGCUAUUUUAUUCCCGGAAAGAGAGAGAUCAUUUCCCUGGUUUCCUUCCUUCUCUUCCUUGCUCCCAGUAUUCUGAUCAGCUCCCCAGGGGGGCUGUCUGGUCAGGACUGGGUUUGCAGAGAGCUGGCCCUCUCUUAGGUGGGGAAUAUGAGGAAAAUGGUUUUUCUGAGCAGUGAGAAUGGAGCUGGGCUCUAGUCUCCACCCUACCUUCCUCUGGUCCCAGGAGGACCCAGUUGCAAUCUUUUGUCCUAUAUCCUUGUUUCUAGAACCCUAUUGGGGUGGACUUGGGGGGGAGGGGGUGAAGGGUAUGGGUCCAGGCUGAUUUCUUUCAUUUUUCUUUUUUGUUUUUUAACUAACCUUUUAGAAAAAUUGGACCUUGCUUAUCAAGUUAGGACUGAAGGUUUGUUGAAUAGAAUUGUCCUAGGUUCAGAAAGGUACCAGAAGGAGCUGUCUCUCCCCCCUCUUGUGAAUGAUUAGCACUUUAACUGGGAGCCGUCAGUGUGGGAGGUUCCUAAGUGGGGGGAGUGCCCUGUUUCUCCUCACAUUCCUUUCUUCUUUCAACAGUUUGGUCUAAGAUCUUUAAAAAAAAAAAAAAAACUUGAUCAAGAGGGCGGAGGGAUUUGUGGAUUUCUGAUGUUUUGAUUUGUUUUUUUGCGUGUGCAGCUGGCCUCCACACUUCCUGGGAAAGCCCAGGGGUCCUGCCAGAUGGGAGCACGCUGAUGCCUUUGGGAGAACUCCCUUAAACCUGUUGUUGCCAACAGCCUCUCCCGCCUCUACCUCUCUCAGUUGGCAGCUUCCAGACGGGGCCCCUCUUCCUUUCUUCCCAUCCCCUGGUUAUUUAGCAGGGGUUACUUCUGUUGGUCCCAAAGCUGUAGAAUGAAGGGAGUCCGAUAGGAAAGGUCCCUUAGACUCAGAGCAGUCUGGGGCUGGACCUCCUCCUGAUGACCCUUCUGGGAAAAGUAAGAGCCCAGACAGUCAUAAAAGAGAAAACGGAAACACAAAGUUUCAGACCCCAGGAGGACUUGAGGGAAUUUGGUAGUUAGGGAAAAGGAAAUUAGGUGAAAACUGCACUGGUCCUUUUCAGGUUUUUAGUGAAAUAAUUCCAUUCCUUCCUCUCCAACUUCCUAUCCUUAUUUUUCCUCUUGGGGUAGUGUCCUUUCGAUACCUGGACCUCGGUGGUUCUAACUAGUGCUGUCAAAGCUUUAGAUUCAAAUUCUAUAUAUAGAGAGAUUAUAUUAGAGAUAUUUUUGGAAAGGAGAUAGGUCUAUGCAAAAGUUUGGAAAUCCGUGAGAGUUUUAUCUUUUUUUACUCAGAGAUCUAAAAAAAGAGUUAAUAAAAGUUCUAGUCCUUACCCCAUUCCCACUCCCUUUCAAUCAUGAGUUCCAUCCCAUGAGUAACUACCGUGGGUCAGGUAUCUAGUUGGGUUUCAGUUAUUCUCAGUUUCCUGGGAUGGAGUGAUCUCCAUCUUUUUUAAAUGGGAUGGGAGGAGGGAGGGAGGCAGGGAGCUAAAUUCUUUUUCCUCUAUUUUCCCCCCUCCCCUUGUGGAAUACCAUUGCCAUCUUUGAUUCAACCGACGGUAUUUGUAUUUCUGUAUCUUGUUCCUGUUGUAGAAAACUACAUUGUAAGGGGAAAUUCAGUCUUUGUCAAAUUGGCAUUAUGAUUUGGGGCCAAUUAAAAGUGAUGGGGUUUUGUUU